AACAAUUUAUAUUUGCUUUUGUGCUACCCAAAUCGUAGCCCGCAUUCGGAUGGUAUUCCCGUACGGAAGGAAGUUAUCGCUAAAUAAAUAACGCAAUCCGGCUGCGCUUUCGCUGUUCGCACUCACUGUUUGCAAGUCCGUAAAACUUUUUGGCUGCUGAUUGUCGGACUGCAGACGGGAGCGAUUAUUUAAUACACGUACUGUGCUAUGUUGGAGAAGAAGCAGGCGACGGCGAAAACAGCAACGCAGCGCUAGGGUGGCCAUUGCGCCUCCAGGCCAAAGCAGUGACGACAAAAUUGUUCAGCACUGCGAUAGGGCAGUGUGCUACUUACGACCCACGGCAGGGCCAAUAACGCGGACGGAUUUAGAGAGGUCAUCCGAAACGUGAACUGACUCGAAAAGCGGAAACGAUGCCACCAACAAACAAUCGGCCGGAUGAUUUGCCGCCUCCGAAGGCGGACUUUAGUGCGCCUCCGCCGUACGAGGCGCACGAUUCGCAGCGCGAUGAGUACGGACAGCAGACGGGUGUUCCGGUGCCGGAGCUCACGACCAAGCUGCCGACGUACGAGGAGGUACAGAUGGAGAAGAUGAUUAACCACGAGCUCCCGUUGCCACCGUUGCCGCCACCGAUGCCGCCGCCACCGCCGAGCAUCACCUCGAUGGGCCGUGGCCCGGUCGUGCCGGGUGGGCCGCAGGUUACGUUCAUCGCAAUCGAUGCGGACGGCGAGAACAUUAGCGCCGACAACAGUCUGCUCGGGACCGACAUCGUGUUUGUGACCGCGUUUCUCAUCGCGUUCCUCUUCAACUGGAUCGGCUUCCUGGUGCUGACCUGUUUCUGCCACACCAUCGCCGCCCGCUACGGGGCCCUGUCCGGGUUCGGGCUGUCGCUCGCCAAGUGGACGCUGAUCGUGAAGCACUCGACCGAUUUUGCAUCCCACGAAAACUCCUGGCUGUGGUGGCUGAUCAUGGCGUUCGGGUUUCUGAUCUGCGUCCGAGCGCUGGUACAGUACAUCAGCAUCAAGCGCACCUGGCGUCUGCUGUCCACGUCCGCCCAGGAGCGGUUGCUGUUUUUCUACUAAGCGAACCACAUCACGAACGCGCGCACCGGAAGGAGAGCUUUUUGCUGUGCUGUGUCACCUCUCGAUGUUCCCCACAGUAUGUUUCCGCCCGCAAGUACGAUCCGUUUGUGCACGUUCAACCGAUCUCGUUCUCUGCUACGAUUUGGUAGGAUGGCGUUUUACUUUGUCUUUCGCGGCCUAGACAUCAUCAGCAGUGAUUCGAACCCCACAGAUUUAUGCACACCGACAGUCGGCCGUAUGCGUUCAGGUCCCCAUUGAGUAGCAUUUUCCGUUUCUAGGGCCGCAUGAUGGCGAUUGCUUUUGUUACCUUACGAACCGCACGGAUGUGUGCUGCGUGUACUUGUUGUCGUAUGCAUGUCCCCUUUUAUGAACCUAAUACAUUCACAUACCACAUCCGAAGUCACCGAAACGGGACUCGGAUUCGAGAGUUUUGGUAGGAAUUUGAUGUGUAAACACGAAAGCCACGUAUUUUAGGGUGCCCUGGCGCAAAUGAAUUGAAGAAUGAAUUGACGUGAAUUAACUGCUACAUGAAACCAUCACACGAAACCGUGCGGUGCGCACCAAGAAGUUAACGGGCACGGGUUUUGAUGGGUGUGUCUCGCAUUGUUGUACUUUGUAAAUAGUUUGUAACACAACGAGCGAAGCAGCAGAAGCUUCGCAGUGGGUAGGGCUAGGGUUACACGGCAGGACUGGUAUGAUAGGACGAUAGAGAGAUAGGAAGCGAGAGGAAGUCGGACGUAUGAUGGAAAGUUAUCACUAGCAGCAGCAUACAACAUACUAAUGCUGCAUCGUAAGCAUAGAAGAUGAACUCACUAUAGAUUACUAUAAAAACGAACCCUCAGCAAAAGUUUAUCUUACUAUUUGUGAACACUCUUAAAAAGCAAACAAAAAAAGUAUCAAAAUAUAGUCUAUAUGACCAAA